GCUCCCUUGCAUGCAGCUGCACUUCAGCCCCAACCAGGACAGCUGAGGCCGCCGAAGGGGGUGCCAACUGCAGGCCUCACAACCAGCCUGCCAAUGCCCACCUGGGGGUCCCUGCUGCUGCUCUGGGCCGCGGCCGCGGCCACCGAGGACUGCCCGGCGGAGUGCACCUGCCGGGCCUUGGAGACCAUGGGGCUGGCGGUGGACUGCGGGGGCCGGGGGCUCACGGCCCUGCCCGCGCUGCCCGCGCACACCCGCCACCUGCUGCUGGCCAACAACAGCCUCAGCUCCGUGCCUCCGGGCGCCUUCGACCGCCUGCCCCAGCUGCAGACCCUGGACGUGACUCAGAACCCCUGGCGCUGCGACUGCGGCCUCGCCUACCUGCGCCUCUGGCUGGAGGACCGCGAGCCGCAGGCCCUGCAGCGCGUCCGCUGCGCCAGCCCCCAGCUCGCCGCCGGCCGCCCGCUCGGCCAGCUCACCGGCUACCAGCUGGGCAGCUGCGGCUGGCAGCUGCGGGCGCCCUGGGCCUACCCGGGCGUCUGGUGCGACGUGGCGCUGGCGGCCGUGGCCACGCUGGGCCUGGCUCUGCUGGCCGGCCUGCUGUGCACGGCCCCGCAGACCCUGGGCUGAGGCCACGCCCCCGGCCCCGGGCCCCGCCCC